AUGAAAACCGAAGAAGAAAUUGCAAUCGAACAAGCGGGAUUUCGACGUGGACGAGGAACUCGAGAUCAAGUAGUUAACCUAAGAUUAUUACUAGAAAAGGCACACGAACAUCAACAAACAGUUUUCAUGUGUUUUAUCGAUUUUAAAAAAGCAUUUGAUUCAAUAUCUCACAAUAAGCUCUGGACAACAAUGAUGAAAAUGGGCUAUCCACCACAUCUGAUUCAUUUACUCGCGGAGUUGUAUCAAAAACAAAAUGCGAAGGUGAAAGUGGCAGGUACCGUUUCAGAAAGUUUUCAUAUCAAGAAAGGAGUACGACAGGGUUGUGUAAUAUCACCUUACUUAUUCAACAUCAUAGCUGAAAUGGCUAUGCGAGAAACAUUGGAAGACUUCACAGGUGGUAUCCAAAUCGGUGGUGAAGAAAUAACAAAUCUUCGUUAUGCAGAUGACAUUGUUCUUACAACACAAUCCAUGAACAAACUUCAAGAACUAGUAACCAAGUUAGACACAGUGUGCAGAAACAAAUAUGACUUACACAUCAACAUCGACAAGACCAAAGUUAUGACGACAGAUGGAACGACCUGUUGCAUCAAAAUACAAAACUUACAGCUAGAACAAGUCAACACUUUUUCUUAUUUAGGUUCAGUCAUUACAGAAAACGCCACAAGCAAAGAAGACAUAAGAAACAGACUUCGUACAGCACAAGGAAUCAGUACGUCUUUAAACAAGCUCUGGAAAAGUCAUAAUAUACCGGUGAACACGAAAAUUCGUUUGUUGAAAUCACUUAUAUGGCCAAUAGCCACGUACGGAUGUGAAAGUUGGACCAUCAGAAAAGAAGACGAAGAUCGCAUAAAAGCAUUCGAAAUGAAAGGAUAUAGACAUAUCUUACGUGUACCAUGGACGGCAAGAAAAACAAACGAAUGGGUACUAAAAACCAUUAAUGUCAAUAGAACAAGGGGGAAACGGCGGACUUGAAGUAGAAAAGUACGUCAAAGUACGUGAAAGUAGACUACUUGAAGUAGCUCAAAGUACCACCCAAGUAGUCCAAAGUAGGAACAAGCAGCUUAAAGUAACUUCAAGUAACUUCAGGUAAAGUUGAAGUUAAAAAGUACUUCAAAGUAAGCUACUUCAAGUAGCUGAAAGUAACUUGAAGUAGCUUAAAGUAGCUCAAAGUAACUUCAAGUCCAAAAGUCCGCCGUUUCCCCCUUGCAAUAGAAGUUUAUUGGAAUCAAUUAAAUCAAGGAAACUUAAAUACUACGGACACGUGAUGAGAAACAAAGAAAACACUCUUGAAAAAGACAUAAUACAAGGCACAGUGCCCGGAAGGCGAGCACGUGGUAGACCAAGAAUGGCAUGGAUGGACAACAUCAAAGCAUGGACAGGACUGUCGGUGGCAGAAACGUUAAGGUCGGUAGAGAACAGGAAACAAUGGAGGAGGAUCGUUCACAAUGCGACCAAUCUUCGGAUCGAAGACGGUUGAAGAAGAAGAAGAAGACCUGUAGAAAAAUCAGUAUAUAACAUGAGCAUAUUGUCUUUGAUAUUUGUUUUUUGUGCAAAGCUAUUUGUGAUAUCCGACUAGUAAACAGAGCUGUAAUAAUGGCGAGGCUUUUAUUGUCUUUUGACUAUAGACUUUCUAGAUUUCGUAGGAGACCGACGACAUCUGUGAAAAAAGUUUUCUUGAUCGUUGACAAUCAUUUUGAAGGUGUCUUAGGUUUUUACGAAACCUUUUUUAGGGUUUCGAUUUUUUGCAACAAAAUGGUUUGGUAUGGCACCUUCUUUUUGCAGUGUAGUCUGAUCGAUCUUCAGAUUGAUAGAUAAAAAAAACUGGUUAUCCUCAACAUCUAGGUCUAAUUCUACUAGGAAGCAGUUUAGGACACUUUUAAUGAGAAUUUGACAGGGAGAUCCACGGAAAAUUAUAUUUAUUCCGUUUUACUUUGAUACUUUGGCAGCUACUAUGACUUGUACAUUUGCCACUCUUUAGUCCCGUUAGCUCUUUUAGAGUCUUGGGAAUGGGUGUAAGUAUGGAUUUAGAGGAGACCCAUAUCCACACCAAAACACCUACACCCUUUUCAAAUCAAGCUUAUUCUGAUGACUAUAAAGAUGGAACAUCAAUAAUUAGUGACAAUACCAUGGUAUUGCUCUUGUAUUUCGAAAACAGAAUGAAAUCAAUAGGGUGUGGGUGUGGGUGUGGGUGUGUGGGAUGUGGGUGUGGGUAGGUGUGGGUGUGGGUGUGGGUAGGUGUGGGUGUGUGGGUGUGGGUGUGGGUGUGAGUGUGGGUGUGAGUGUGGGUGUGGGUGUUGGGUGUUGAUGUAGGUGUCGGUAUUAGUUGGUCUAAGAUAAAGCCACAUCCACACCCACACCCACACUUACACCCACACCCACACUCACACCCACACCUACAUCACACACCCACAUCCACACACCCACACCACACACCCACACCACACAGCCAUACCCACACAGCCACACCACAC